GUUCACCAUCUUGAUGACUGACGUUUAACAGUUAGUAACACAGUGUUUUUAUCAGGCAAUAUAACACAUCCUUCUGUUCAUUUUGCCUUCAUUGAACCUUGUUUUACAUCAAAGUCUUUUAACCGGAGAUGCUCUAUUGCCAUGAUCAUAAUGAGCCACUAUAAAAGCGCUUUCAAAUGCAAAUAACUUCCAAUAAAUAGUUUUUAGGACUAAAAACUAGCCCGUGUAGCUACUGUAAAGUGGUAACUGGCAACUCACCUGCAGCUUUAAAGUAAGACAGUCUGUGCAGAGUGAGCUUCACCUGAAAAUGCACAGAUUUACCACAGGUUUAAGUUCAACUCAAUCAGACCAGAGGAGAUGCAGAAUGUAGUGAAAACUACAGGAUGCAAAGAGUCUGAACAGAGAACAAAAGGAAGAUGAUGAUCAAAUAAAGAGAACAAUCAAAAAUCAAAAAAAUAUUUAAAAAAAAAAAGCUUGUUUCAAAUAUGGCGAGAAACCGGAAGUGAAGCGUCAGUGAAGGGAGCUUCAGCCUUGAUUCUGACACUGUCAGUAAAUGGGCUGAUACAAAGCGCAAUCCCUUUCUGUUUCUUUUUUUUUCUCCAGCAUAAUGUUGGCAUCCUUCAGACGGAUUCAUUCUACACCAUGACUUUGUACAACCUGCCUAAUGUGUUUAUCAAUGUUUUUGUGACAGGAUUACUUUUCUGAUCGUGCUAAAACCAACAGAGAAAACUCAUGAGGGGUGGCUGGACAGGCCUGCGCCUCAUCCAGAAGGAGGCGCUGCUACCACCCUUUAACGCAGGGUAUCCCCACAAAUGGGUUUCACUUUUCUAAAAGGACUUACUACUGUAAUUGACACUAAGUAAAACAAUUCAAGUGCUUGAGAAGUAAAUUUGAAUCUUGAGUGCAGUAUUCUACAUUAUCCUAAUGAAGAAAACAUGUUUGCUAACUGUUUUGUGUUCCAAGCUUAGUUGCUAAUUAGUCAGGUUUCUACAAUAAGAGCUGCUUACCCAGUCAGCUACCUAUAGCUUGUGUAACAUAGCCAUUAUAGUGGUAGCAAAUAAAAGUGUCAGCCUCUACUGUGAUUUGUUUCCAUUUGCCCCGUGUUAUCACCUCGUUUUCAACGCGUAAGAGUGCGUGUGUGUCCUUUUGGCCUGUACAUGGCAAUUGGCUCCCAUUUUUGGUCCUAAAACACUGUAGUUAACUAUAUUACAUAGGCUCUUGUAGAAAUGCUGUUGAUCAUGUCUUGGUUGGUGUAGUGAUUAACACACACAGUCUCAAAGCAUUUUGCCUAAGGUUCGAGUCCCGGUGGGAGCAGUCUUUCAAAUUUAUUUUUUGUAAAAACAGCAUCAUCAUUAUGAUUUAGCCAAUGAGGCAACAUCACCAUCCUAUUUAGUGCAUGGGUUUCUAAGACUACGAAAUGCUGGUCAUCUGUGGUGGAUGAUUAUAGUAUUUGGUAUUGUAGUAUUAAGUUAUGGCAGUUUAAACCCGAAAUAAGCAGCUGUAUGCUUGGACAGACCGAGCUUUAAUUGGCGGUCCAUGCUCUUGUAUGCAGCUUUCGAUGUGUGUCAGUCUAAAGGCUUAAGACAUCUCUCCUUAAAAGACACCAGAAUAUAAUGUUCAGGCUUCCACAACCAGUGGCUCCGGAGCCACACGCACCUAUUUCGCUCCCAGUGACUUAUGUGGUGGAAAUUUCCCAUAAAGAGGGUAAUAACCGUCUUUUGUGUGAUUUAUUAUAAAAAUAAAGGAAAAUAAAAAUAAUGGAUGUUGAUCAUGCACAUGAACAAACCAAAAACCAGCUGGAUUUUUGUUGGGGGCAGGGCUUAGCUUGGUAUCUGCAAGUUACACCCACUCCCCAGAGCACAUCUCACCCCCUUUAUGUGAAAAAUACCUGGAAACCACUGCAGCCAGUUUUUGCAGCAACUGACUUUAUCCACUUCUGUUCAAGACACCAUGUCCAUCCCAGCGCGUCAGUGCACCAUUGAGAUUCAGAAUAAGUGUUCUGUGUACAUUCUGUGUAACCCACAUGUUUACACUGUCAGUGGAUUCUGUGAAAAACCCCUGGCACCGACACUCAGCCCCUCUGAGUCUGGCAGCUCUCUGUUCAUUAAGACCCCUCACAGUGCUCGUGGAUCUGUUGGAGUUUUUACUUAUGAUCUGCAAAACACGACUACAAAAACUUUUGGUGGCAGAAUAGCUGUGAUGUUCUCUGUUCCGUACGACUAUAACUUGUACUCUAACUGGUAUGGAGUGGGAGUGUUCGGGCUGGACAGACAGUGUGGACAACUACUGUUCGACCAGAUGUACAACGAUACAGAGACGAGCUUUGUCAGAGGUAAAGCUAAAAUGCCCAGUCUGACUUACAAAGGCUCCAAUGUCAUCAUCAGAGCCACUAUGUCCGACAGUUACCAACCUGUCAUGAAGGUUCAAGUGUGCGACAACUAAAAUGAAAAGAGAGAAAGAGCACAGUACAGUAUAUACAGUUACAAAAUAAACAUAUGUUAACAAAAGGAGUGUAUACACAUAAAUUUGUACAGUAAAAUCUGAUUCUAAUCAGUAAUAAUCUAAGCUUCUCUAGUAACAAAACAUUAAUAUCACUUUGUUUUAUACAGUUAUAUUAUUGUGUCCCUGGAUACUAAGCUGUAAGUUCUGUUACCAUCUCCUAGUAAAGUUACCUUCUGCGACUUUAAUGACUUGUUUGAAUCGGUUUAGAGAAACUGAUGGAAUCAAACCUUUAAGGAAACAUACAAUCACGUGGCAGCAGAAACAUGUUUCCUGAAUAUUUGUGUAAAUGCAAAAAAAUAAACUUUGCUAGAAACUGAUCUCAUUGGAGU